ACCCUUCUUGCCUUGCAUUUUCAUCUGGGUUCUCUUCUCCUCUCUCUCUCUCUCUCUCUCUCUCCUCUCUCUCUCUCUCUCUCUCUGCCAUGGCUUUUCCAAGAAAAAGCAUCUGUAAUUUUGUCUUUUUCGUGAUGAUGCUCUCAUCUUUUGUGGGGAGCUCAGGAGAGUUUUAUAAAGUUGGAGAUAAAGUUGGAUGGACACCAAAUCAUAAUGUCAACUAUAGUGCAUGGGCAUGUUCUAAAACAUUCAGGACUGGAGAUGUCCUUGGCUUUACAUACAACAAGGAACACCACAAUGUGAUACAAGUGACCAGAGACGAUUACCAUUCAUGCAACACAUCCUCACCGCUCGCAACGUUCGCAUCCGGCAACGAUCAUAUUCCCAUUAUAUGGAAAGGUCACUAUUUCUACAUAUCUGCAGGCAAGAACGACUGUGCCCGUGGCCAGAAAGUCAAUGUCAGGGUCGUCGUUGAAGGAGAAAGAGGAAAUAUUUACCAGGUUGGCGAUGGAGAGGCAUUGUUCGGUUCGAGCAAUGUGAGCUACUCUGCAUGGGUUUCUUCUAAGAACUUCAAGGUCGGAGACAUACUAGUUUUCAGAUACAACAAUGAAGCCCAGAGCGUGAUACAAGUGAGCAAAGAAGACUACCACAAAUGUAACACUUCAUCUCCAAGAGCAACCUUCAACUCUGGAAACGAUCAUAUCCCCAUCAUGCACUAUGGUCACUACUUCUAUACCUCCAGCAACGCCACCCGCUGUGCCGCUGGCCAAAAAGUCGACAUCAGGGUUCCAUAUCCUCCGGCUUUGAUGUUGGGUCAUGAGCCCCUUCCGGUAUCUUUAGUUUCGGCUCCUGCGCCUGCACCAGCGAGGAGCGGAACGUACAAGAAGGGACUCAGUCUGGCUGUUGCUUUGGGUGCCAUUGCAGCUGCAAUUUGAAGUCUUAUACGUUCUUAGGAUAUAUUAUCUCAUAGUAUUAUGUGGAGAACAAUUUAGAGUCAUAGGUGCUAUCUAGGAACAAGUAGGGUUGUUAGCGAUUAAGAUCUUUGUCUUUGUUUGAGUCCGUUAUUUUUCAUUACAUUGCUUAUAUUGAUUAUUUAUAGAAAUUUAACCAAGGACACUGUUUUGAUGCUUCUUUUGGCCUCCGAUAUUGCAGAGUAUUAGGGUGUGCUUGGCAAUUGCUUAAAACUGGGUCGCGCAGAAUUGAACCUGACCCAAUUUUUU